AAGUUUACCGUAAUAAAGGAAUACUUUAAUUGUAAACAUAUUUUAUAAAAGUUUUUUGUGAUUAUAAAUUUCAACAAUAAGUGAACUUCCUGACGGCAUACACAUUCAAAUUUGUGGCCAUGGACUCAAGUUCCGACGAAGAAAUCAGAACAUUAAAAGAGGAAUUAGAACGUAAGAUAGAACAAAAGAGACGAAGAAAACAAGAAAAGUUGCUACGCACACCGCAACCCGAGGAGAAUACUACUUCUGCGUUAAAGGGCACAGAUCCAACAGGAAUAGAAGACACUCCAAACAAGCAAGCUGCUCUAUCUGAAGACAGUCAUCAAAUUAAGGGAAAUACCCAAGAAAACACAGUUCCAGGGAACCCGGCGUUACAAGCAACAGAUGGCGAAAGAAAUAAAACUUCGUCGGAUAAGAUUUUUGAAAAACGAGCAGGAACCACCGACAAGGGAAAAAAAUACGAAGAUUUGGUUACCGCUAAAGUCGCACUACAAUUGGUAAGCGACAGUAAAAUAAAAGAUUUCUACAUUUCUUCGAACGAUAAAAAUUUUGGUGAUUUUGAUGACGUGGUUAUUGAAAUUGAGACAGAUAGCGGAAUGAAAACAACAGCACUGCAGUUAAAACACAGUAAUGAAAAAAAACAAUUAUAUAUAAAGCAACUGGCAGGCAAAAAGGGAGACUUUAGUUUAAUAAAAUAUUUCAAAUCUGCUCACGAGGUUCAAGGCGAAGUGCAAGAAUUUAUAUUAUUCACCACAAACAGCUUUACAACUUCAAAGGAAACAAAAUUUAAACUAGAAGGUGAACAGUUUUACGUGAAGAUCAUUAAAAAGACAGUUUCAGGAGACGAUUUCGACGUUUUAAGAAUUUCUGAAAAUAUAAAUUAUUAUCAUACAUUUCACAUAGUAGAGGACGAAUGGACUAAACUAAAUCCUGAAAAAAUUCAGCAGUACCAAACAUUCUUCGAGCGCUUUCGUCUUUACACAAACCAAGAACGUUUUGAUGCUCUUACAAAAUCAACAAUGGAUAAAUUUAUUGAGAUGUUUUGCUCUAACGAAGAAACUUUCAAGAAGUACGUCGACGUCAUAUCAGAAUGGAGUAUGCGAGAUGGAAAAAAAGAAAAGCUAAGCAAAAGGAUGAUGCAACGUGUCAUCGCACUUCGUUUGCUUUCUUCUCAGAUCGAACCGUUUGUUUUUGGUUCAGUCACAGACGAAAUGAAAAUACUUCGGGAGGCUAUUUGUCUGUUCGACAUUACGUUGUUGGAAAAAAAAGGCAGCAACGGAGUUAAAAAAUUGUGGGGCGACUUGAACAAAAACCUUGACCUUAAGGAACUAAACAAAUUUCGAUCACUUUAUUCUCUUUCUUCUAAUUACAUAAGUAGUGUCGAAAAUCUGGAUGCAAAUUUGUUGACACAGUUGCAAUGGCUGAUAGAGAAAUGUCCGCUCAUUGUGAAAGAACACGUCAAUAUGGAGAAAGCUAUUAACCUCUGUCCAGAUGCAAAAUUUAUUAUUCUUGGCGAGGGUAAAUAUGAAGAAUGGAUGAAAAAACACUCUGUGUUUCAAAACUUGUUCAACUUGAAACCAGAAGUUGAACUGUAUGAAAAAGUAUUGCGAAAGUUCACCAUUUCUAUACAAGGCAAAAAACCACGUAAUUUGGUGACUGCUUUCGACAAAAAUCAAGAAAUUUUCAAGCAUGUUACCGUGGAAAAACUUUUAGAGAUGGCAAAUGGUCCAUGCCAUAUAGAUGGACAAAAGGAAGUUUUUCCCAAUCUUUAUAUCGACAGAUAUUUGUCAGUCAAUAUUAUAGACAUUAAAUAUUUAGAACAUGUUAAUCGAAACACUGUUAUCAUUUUAAAUUGUGAAGGUAAUUCUCAGCAAUUGAAAAUAUCUAAAGAGUAUACUCUAACAGACAUCGAGGGUUUUUUAAGUAAUACAGACCCCAAAAUUUUUGAUAAACCAAUUUUAAUAAGGAGUGAAAAAAAUUGCAGUGAUUCUGAUUUUCAAAUAAUAUGUUCCAAAACACCAGAAUCCACAACUGUGCACUAUUUUAAAUUUCUCAACGAUCAAAAUUUAGAAUGGAUUCGAAGCAAAGGCUCUGUUGAUGAAUUGCGAAAUUAUAAAUUACCUAGUCGAUCUAAAAACGAAAACGAAAUUUGGUCUUCCGAAUUCAGCAACAACAUACAUCUAAUAACAGGUGACCCAGGAAUGGGCAAAACGGAGUUAACGAAGAGUCUAAAAAACAACUGUUGUGCGAGAUAUUGGACCGUGAUUCUGAGUGCUCAAGAUGUUAUGUCUUUCUUUAAAAAGUCAACAAAGUCUGAAAAAUCAGCAAAAUUACAAUUCGAAACAUUUAUUUUAAACGAAAAAUAUCGAGAUCUCGCUGGGUUGGAUAGAGAAUUCUUUACAAUGUGUUUAAAGCAACGAAAUGUGGUUUAUGUAUGGGACGCUCUUGAUGAAAUAUUUACUCAGUAUUUAAAUGGUACUUUAAAUCUCAUUCUUAUGUUAUCGCAGAAAGGUUUCAUUCAGUGGGUUACUGCAAGGCAACAUUUGAGAUCUUCUCUUGAAGAAAAAUUUAGUACUCUGUCAGUGGGUAUCAAUCAGCUCACCGAAGUCGAGCAAGAGGACUACAUUAACAAACGUCUUAACAAUUUUAUUAAGCCUGUAGAUAUGAAACCAGUCAUCGACAAAAUUAAAUCGACGUUUGCAUUUACAAAACAUAUAGAUAUAUUGGGAAUCCCUCUUCAAAUUUUUAUGCUUACAGAUGUUUUACUACAAAAUAAGGAAAAAUAUUUAGAGUUAUUAGACACUAAAUUUCUCCUGACUGACAUGUAUCGUUACUUUAUUGAAGGAAAAUUUAAGUUUUUCUACGGAGGUAAAGUGCCCGUAAACAGUGAUUUUUGGGAAAAAGAAGUAACGAAGAAAAAGGAAGAGACAUUAAAACAGUAUGAAAAGAUGGCGCUUGGAGUAAUAUUUCCUGAAGACAUCUUGAAACUAUUAAAUAUAGAUUAUUCGCAAGAUAUAGAUUCUGUUACUGAAGAUUUUGCAACUGUCGGUUUCGUGACUGGACUACAAAACGGCAUUCCGCACUUUGCACAUGCUUCCUUUGCCGAAUAUUUUGUUGCCUUAUAUUUUUCUAGAAAUUUUGAAAUGAUACACAGGGACAUAUUUUUUGAUGCGAAGUAUAAUAACGUACGUUUCUUCUUCGACAUGUUAACUGGCAAAAAUUCACCGGUCCACAUAGCGAUUUUAUACAGAAAUUUUGAUGAAGUGGAGAACUUUGACGACGAAAUAAUAAAACGUAAAGAUGAGUGUGGAAGAAGUGCCUUACAUCUCAUCUGUUCUUGGGGACAAAGACAUGGGCGUUUAAAAGUACAACUAGAAAACGAGAGUUAUGUUAUCAAGACAAAUCGGGAGAUUAUGCGUAGUUCGUUAGAAACGAAACAAUAUUUUAAAGCGUUAUGGUUUUUGUUAGACAAAUGUGAAAUAUUAGAACAAGAUUCUUUACAUAACAUCACACCUUUAACAUGGGCACAAGAAAGUGAAAGUUUGGGAGCGGAACUGGAAUUAUUACAAUCACGCAGAAUACAACUGAAAGAUUCGUAUAGUCGAACCGACAAAAUUAAUAUUUUAUUUUUUGUGGCUUUGUACGGAUACGCAGAAGCGUUUAAAAUAUUAUUUUCAUCUUCGAGUAUUUCUAAUAAUGAAGUAAAUUUUAGUGUUGAAUUCGAUGGUAGUACGCCUCUUAUAAUAGCUUCUCGAGAGCGGCACGAAACAGUUAUAGAGUGUUUAGUGAAUUGCGGAGCCGAUAUCAAUGGGGCUGAUAAAAAUGGUCAGACACCGCUUUACGCAGCUUCCUCUCGAGGUCACGAAAAAAUUGUCGAAUGCCUGGUGAAAUGCGGAGCCGAAAUCCGCGCUGAUGAAAUUGGUUGGACACCGCUUCACGCAGCUUCCUCUCCAGGUUACGAAAAAAUUGUCGAAUGCCUGGUGAAAUGCGGAGCCGAAAUCAAUCGGGCUGAUAAAUAUGAUCGGACACCGCUUCACGCAGCUUCCUCUGAAGGUCACGAAAAAAUUGUCGAAUGCCUGGUGAAAUGCGGAGCCGAAAUCAAUCGCGCUGAUGAAAUUGGUUGGACACCGCUUCACGCAGCUUCCUCUCGAGGUCACGAAAAAAUUGUCAAAUGCCUGGUGAAAUGCGGAGCCGAAAUCAAUCGCGCUGAUGAAAUUGGUUGGACACCGCUUCACGUAGCUUCCUCUCGAGGUCACGAAAAAAUUGUCAAAUGCCUGGUGAAAUGCGGAGCCGAAAUCAAUCGCGCUGAUGAAAUUGGUUGGACACCGCUUCACGCAGCUUCCUCUUCAGGUUACGAAAAAAUUGUCGAAUGCCUGGUGAAAUGCGGAGCCGAAAUCAAUCGGGCUGAUAAAUAUGAUCGGACACCGCUUUACGCAGCUUCCUCUGAAGGUUACGAAAAAAUUGUCGAAUGCCUGGUGAAAUGCGGAGCCGAAAUCAAUCGGGCUGAUGAAGAUGGUCGGACACCGCUUUACGGAGCUUCCUCUGGAGGUCACGAAAAAAUUGUCGAAUGCCUGGUGAAAUACGAAGCCGAAAUCAAUCGCACUGAUAAAUAUGGUUGGACACCGCUUCACGAAGCUUCCUCUUUAGGUCACGAAAAAAUAGUCGAAUGCCUGGUGAAAUGCGGAGCCGAAAUCAAUAGCCCUAAUAGAUAUGGUCGGACACCGCUUUCCUCAGCUUCCUCUCAAGGUCACAGAAAAAUUGUGGAAUUCUUAGUAAAAUGUGGAGCAAAACCUUUCGUUUAAUAAAAUGAAUAAUGAUGGUUGAACUUGAAUAGUCACCAAAAAUCUGUCGAAUGAUUAGUUCAACGAUGAUCCAAAACUCCUGUAGGCCGGGCCAGACUUUCAAUAUUUUAUUACCAUCUGCCGCCUCACUUUUUUAUUGUUAUUUUGUUGAUCAUAUCAGGAAUUGUAAUUUUGCUCUAUCUAUUAAAAACAAUGUUACCUUAACCUUUGAGAGAUAUUAUUAAAUACUUUAAUUAUAGGAUUUAUAUUAAAAAAAAUAGAACUAAAAAAAACCGAAUUUGUUCGACCGUAUUUCAGGAGCGACAAAUGUCCUGUCUGAUACCUUGGACCAAUUUUACCUAGUUUGAUUGAAAUUAAAAUUUGUUUCUACAUUAUUUUUUCGUAAUACAGUGUUUUUCUUUAUUUGUAGAAUAUGUUUCACUAUUUGACACAUUUUUCCCGUAUUUGCCUUUUUGAUAUCAUAUGCCCAAAGUAAUUCCGUUUGUCAAAAUUCUUUCAAUUUAUCGCAGGACCCAAGCAUAAGUAAUUUAUUUUAACAAAUAUGUCAAUCUAUAAUCAUGAAAUACCUAUAACAAAUUAUUUAAGUUCAAAAUUUCAUUUCUGUUGAAGCAAUCCCCACAAAUUAUUGCGUCAAAAGCAUUGUGUACUUGGAUAUUGCAUAUUUAAUUCGUCUUCGUUUCUAGGAUGACUUCUUUUAAUAAUCACUUUCCACUGAUUAAACAGUUUCCCAAUUAGGUUUGAUCUGUAGAUUUCAAAGGGGGCUGCACAUGUCAUUACCACUCUUCGACCAAGUUUUGAGCAACUGGGUUUGUAUCAAUUGUUGAAUUUAUUCAGUUCUGUGAAAUCUUACAUUGUUCAUUAAAAUAUGUCCGUGCGGCUCUAAUACUAUCUUCUUGUAGUGAUAAGAUUUUAAAAAAUCGUAAUCGACCAAUUACGACCUGUCAGCUGACCUUUAACUUUCUUUGCGCUACAGUUACUUGGUGAUCUUCCGUAAGAGUUAAGCACAGUCUUUAUUAACACAAUUGCAUAUUUGUUCUUUCUGUUGUUCAGUUAACUUUUUCGGGCGCUGCCCAGCACUUCUUUCUUCACUUGAUUAGUCGAGUAAAAUUUUCUAACAGUGUUUAGUAGGAUAUUAAAGUGCUGUCCACAUUGGCUGAAGUCGACGAAAUUGUUUUACCAAAAAAAAGAAACUGUUUUGACACAAGGUAAAAUAAUCUGAGAAACAUAGCGCACCAUUUAAUAACAGUAGGAAAUAGAUUUGAGAAUUAGUGGAACACAAUUAACGAAAGACGAGAAUCAAAAGAAGUACACUAUUUUAUGAUGUAUAUCUUUGUAUACAUACCUACCUCUAUCCUUCAUCUGUCUUCAGAUAUCCUGAAGUUUUGUAUUGUGUUUAUUAAUUUCUUUAUUUAUCUAGUCUUAUAUUUAAACAUAUUUCUGAGAUUCACACAAUUUUUAAAUCUAUGGAAAAUAUAACCACAAGCCAAAUAAGUCACUUUCUUUUAAGGUCACAUAUUUCACUUGAAUAAACUAAUUUGACAUGACGAUUUCUUUUAUAAAUAUUUUGUUUGUAGUUUUUUCUGAAGUCUCAUUUUUAACUUUCACCAAAUUUAUUUUCUUCUAAUUUUGAACUUUCGAUAAAUUAUUUUGAUAGUGUCCCAAAUUUUAAUUAGUUGACGACCACACAUUAAAUUGAUCGGUCACUUUUUUAUCAAAACUUUUCAACUAUAUUUUCUGCCAAACUCAGCAAAGCUCCAACUUUUACUAUUACUUAGUACAAAUGUUUUUCGUGAGGCCUUCAGAACAAUACGAAGAGAACUGCAGCAAAAACUAGCGUACGUCCUACUAUCCAAUUUGAAAAAUGCAAAAAAAACACAUAAACUAAGUACAGGUGUUUCCAUAACUUUUAGAAAAAUUGGAACCAAAACUUCUGUUAUUCCUCAAGAACUAAUAAUAUUGGAACAAUGUUUUGAAAAAUACUUCCACUUCCAAAUGUAUUCUGGAAAACUUUAUAAAAUAACAUAUAAUAUCAAUCAAUUUAAAAGACACUUUUCCUGGCCACCAGAACAGCGAAUUUAAAAACAGCAACUGGUGUUGUAAUUUCGUAUCUUCAUAAAAUAUAUCUUAGGCGGAAUCAAGUUUCUAUCCUCAAGUUUUAACAAAUGGGUUUAAUACCGCUAACUGACAUGGACAAUAUCAACAGAAGAGGGUUUUAAGCAAAACUUACGCUAAAUGAAUUCCAAACCAGAGAAUUUAGUCGUAAUUCCUGCACCAUCAGCAGGAACUUCAUCUUGUCAUCGUAGUGGCUACAAAUUGUCCAUACAUUCCGAAAUCAGUGCAUAGAAAACAGUAUGGUGCGAUAGAAAAUCAUCUUAAUCAGAGUCAUGUUAUUUAUAUGGCCAAACCGUUCACAGGUAAAAUCAUUUAACAUAUUAAUAACACAUUCACUUUGACUGAGAUUGUUUUCCAUCGCACAAUUAAUUCUAGUUCUAAUGUGAGUUUCAUAAUAACUUUAUUAUUUGCAACUACUGUUGUAAAUGGUUGCUCCAAUGUGUAAUUUAUUUCGACUGUGUGUGUCUUUUUUUGUCAAGAUCGCUCAACGGAUGCAGCAUUCAUGUCUAACAAAUGUCAGCGCUAGAUUCGUUAUUCACACAUUCAAGACGCGUUUUUGUAUUUGCAUCUGUUCGGCGCUUCGAGCACAAAAUAUUUACAAAUUUUAAAAUGUAAAGUGCCAUGAUACCUUUCAGCUAAGUACUUGUUCUCAGAAUUAGCAAAAAACGACGUCAAGGCUGUUUUCCAUUGUCGAAUAUUUUUAUCACUAUAUAGAUUCACUGGGUUUGCAUUACAAAAAUGAACAUUUUGUACCAAGUCCUGGUUGUGAUUUAAAUUUGUUCAUAGUGUUUUAAACAUUUCACAACGAUUUCCCAAAAAGAUACUCUUUUGACAAACUGACAAAGUUUGAUUCAGAGAGGAAGCGGGAAAUUUAUUGUGACCAAAUACUGAAGAUGCUACAAGCGUAGGAACUACGAAACUUUGUUUCUUCUUGACAAUUGGUACACAGGUGAAAAAACACUUAACAAAACCAAAGCACGUAAUUGAAGCUGCUUUUCUUUUGGGAAUAGUUGUUGAUAGAAAGUGUAAAAAUCUGAAAUGGAGCAAAAAUACCGAAGACGGACUGCAACCUUGUCGUAUUUUCUUACUUAAUCAUAGUUUUGUUGGUUUAUUAAAAAAAGUAUCAUGAUAUGUGAGGGAUAUUUUUACUUUAUAACGGAAAUAUAAUACAAGUAUUGUAGUUUAUAAGUUAAUUACUAGUAAUGUAAGGGUGAUUACUCCAACCAAGGACUUCGAUAAACCUAUGUAUCUAAAAAAUGUUAUCAAUCUGUACCUAUAUUGUAAAUAUGUAGAUAAUGAUUUAAUGUGUACACAUACUGAAAUAGAUUGUUCUUUGUUAUUAAACAUUAGACUAAACUUCA